UAAACUCAAUAAAACUUUAUUUUUUACAAGUUUACGCAAAAGUACUCAAAAUGCUUUUACCCAAGUACUGAAAGUGUAACGAAAGAACGCACCUGCUGAUAGAUUUGGCGCGUUUUGUCAUUGAUUUUUUCGAGGUUUGCCGAUUAUGUAGCUGUCGCAUAUACAUGAGACAAGAUGUCCAAGAUACGCCGGCUGUCACUUCGCGGUAUUCGCAAUUUUGAAGAUAGCGAAGAUGCGUUGAUACGUUUCUCCUGCCCGAUGACACUGAUCCUGGGGCCGAAUGGUACGGGGAAAACUACAAUCAUCGAGGCAUUGAAGUAUGCUACGACCGGUGAAUUUCCACCUAGCUCUGAAAAAGGAAGAUCCUUUAUACAUGACCCAAAUUUGGCAUCAACUGGCUCGGUAAGAGGUGUCGUUAAGGCUGAGAUUGUCGAUAAUAUUGGUAAUACUUAUACAGUAUGCCGAACAAUUGAGUCUAUAAAAGCUACAAAGAAAUUUAAGACUCUUGAUAAUACUUUAACCAGAAUGAGUAAGGAUAAAAAAGAAAAAGCGUCGAUAACCAAUCGUUGCACUGAUGUUGAUAUUGAACUCAGCAUAGCAUUGGGUGUUUCAAAAUCAAUUCUCAAUUACGUGAUAUUUUGUCAUCAAGAUGAGCUUAAUUGGCCAUUCGAUCAAGGCAAAACGUUAAAAGACAGAUUUGAUGAAAUAUUUGACAGUACAAAAUUCAACAAGGCCUUGGAAAACAUUGGAAAGCUCAAUAAGGACUUACAGGGAGAUAUUCGAAGCUUGAAUGCAGAGAAACAAUCGUUUAGUGUUCUAGUAGCUGAGGUAAAAUCCAGAGAGGCCAAACUUGAGGAGUACAAGCAGAGAUUUGAUAGUACAAAGGAAAAAAUAGGAAUUAUCGACAAAGAGUUGGAAUCCUUGAAAGAAAAGAUUAAGAAGAUGGAAGAGUUUAAUUUAAAAUACAAGAGCAUACAAGCUGAUGAAGAAAAGAAGAAGAUGGAGUUCAGUAUGCACAAGGAACGAUAUGUAAAACUGAGAGAUACUAUAGACAAUAUCUUUGAAGGUACAACUGAGGAACUGAAUGCACGCAUACAGUCCUAUGAUUCUCUAUUAAAAGAGAAGAACAACGAGAUAACAGAGAAUGAAGCAGAAAUCAAAGAUAUCUCAAAGAAAGAAACCAGGAUUUCAGAUACUUUGGCAACGUGCAGAGUAACCGUGGGUACAUUGAAACAACAAGUGAAAGAUCACGAGAGAAGAAUAAAUCGUCGCAAUGAGCUGUUAGACGACGCACUACAGGCUUGCGGUUUAGACACGGUGGGACCGGACGUGUCCGAGAUAGAGGUAAAGGCCCUUACCAAAAGAUUGGAACAAAAGAUACGGGCAUUGGAACAAGAAUUAGAGGAAAAUCGAUCGGCUAUGCAGAGAAAAGAAAAAGAGUUACAGAAGGAGGUGGACAAUCUGCGUAGUAAUCACUCGAAAAUAGAAUCCGAAAAGAUUCUCAAGGAGAAGGAAGUAAUCGAGAUAAGAGAUGAUAUCACCGCGAUUCGUAAUCAGAUAACACAGAUUGGUGCGUCAGGAAAUAAGUUAAAGUCUCUCGAACAAGCACUUCAAACGGCGAAACAGAAGAUAGAUGAAAUCAGUAAGACGUUAGACGUGGACUCUGUUAAAGCUGAUAUCGAAAGCAACAUCAAAUCCAGAGACAAGAUCGAGGCAAAUUUGACUGUAGUCGACGAUGAAAUCUCUUCCUUGCACAAACUGAGCUCGUUAACGGCGGAAUUUGAAUUAAAGAAGUCAACCUUGCAAUCUAAAGAAAAGGAAUUAGAGAACUUAAAGAAAAAACACGAAGAAAAUAUUAAAGUAUUAUUAAACAUUCGAGAAUUGCAACAUACAAAAUUGACAAAUUCCUUAAAACGCGUUCAUCAGGAAUUGGAAAAAGAAGUGAGUUGCUUGGUACGUGAGAUACAAACACAAGAACGCAAAACUACUGCUCUAGAAACAACAGUGCAGCAUAUAGAAUCUGAUAUUACAAAGAAACAGACAGAAUUGCAACGCGACAAGCAAAAGAUAUCUGUAGUAUGCGAUUACAAAGAUUUUGAUGAGACUUUACUAAUGCAAUCAAAAAGAGUUAAGGAUCUUCAGGAUCAGAGAGGAGUUUAUGCUUAUCAAGCUACAGCUUACAAAGAAUAUAUAAAGAAACUCUCUGUGAAAGAUCCUUGCUGCCCAUUGUGUCAUAGAGAUUUUCGGGAGCAACAGAAAGUCGCAGACCUAAUUCAAGAAAUGGAAACCGAUAUAAUACGUAAUCAGCCAGGUCGUUUGAAAAAAUGCGAGCAGGAAUUGAAGACUGAACAGAAAAAGUAUGACAAUAUGCUGCAAUUGAAGCCUAUCGUCGAAAAGAUUAUUCAGUGCGAGGAAAAUGAUUUGAAAAAAUUAAACGAGAAGUUGGAGAAAACGAAGAAUAAUCUGACACAAUCGAAGUUGUGCGUUAAGAAUUUGGAAGCGUCGAAGGCAGAACCCGAAAAGAAAUUAGCAAUUCGGAAUAAUAUUAUCGGCGAUAUCCAGCUCUGGGAUCGAUGCGUAGACGAGAUACAGCACCUGAAGAAGACCGUUGACAAUUUGCAAACUCAAAUGACUGAUGCAGGUAUUCAAACCGAAAGGACUAUGGAAGAAGCACAGGCACAUCGGGAAAAACUGAAGAACUCCUUCAAAGAAACUCGCAGUCAUAUUGAAACUCUGCAGCUCAAGUUGAACAAGCAUAACGAGAGACUGCAGGAUGCUAGAGCGACAUAUAACGAACUGCAUGAAGAGCAAUUGCAGAUAAGUUCGAAUAUGCAGAAGCUGAAGCACUUGAAGGAGAAACAGGAAGAACUGUACACGCGGGAAGUCAGUGUGGGAGAAACGGUGGAGAAAUUACGGAAGAAUCUGGCGGAUGCUGAGGAUCAAUUGCAUUCUGGCAUACGGGUGUUGGACAAAACCAAGGCGGAAAAUUGGCAGAAGCAAGAGGCCGAUAGAAAAUCAGCGGCGGAGAGUAACAGACGUUUAUCCGAUUUGCACAAAAUAAUAGACGAGAUUGAGUCGUUUAUCAACAGCAACGUGUCUGAGAGACUCGCAAAGUACGAAUGCGACAUAAAGACCUACCAAAAGUCGUUGGAGGAACUCACAAACAAGCGGAAGAAUGUGGAGCAAGCGAUAGGCAAACUGAAGGAGGAUGUCGCCACUCAAGAGAUAAAAAAGAGAGAGAUGCUCGACAACGUGACAUUGCGUGAGACGAAGGAAGCGAUGGAGACGUUAAAAGAGCAAUACCGGCAAUUGAACGUGCAACUGAAGAACAUGAAUUAUGACGAAGUAGCGAAGAAGUGGAAGCAGUUGGAAGACGAGAAACACACCACGCUUCGUCAAAGAAAUGUAUCGUUGGGUAAACAAGAGGAGCUGGAAAGAAUGAUUAAGCAAUACACGCAGGAACUGGGAAAAGAGGAUUACCGAUUCGCUCGUCGUAAUUACACUAACAAGUGUAUCGAAUUAGCGGUCCAGGAAGAGACGAUUGCCAAUUUGAAGGCCUACAGCCAGAUUUUGGAUACUGCGAUGAUCGAGUAUCAUGAGGAGCGCAUGGCGACGGUGAAUAAAAUAAUGAAGAAGCUGUGGAAGCACAUUUACAAAGGCACGGAUACGAGCAGCAUACAAAUUCGUACUGAACCAACGGAGGGUGUAGGCAGCAACAGGAGAACCUACAACUAUAAGCUAAUUCAGAUUAAACACGGCUGCGAGAUGGACAUGAGGGGACGUUGCAGCGCGGGGCAAAAGGUGUUAGCGUCGAUCAUUAUAAGACUCGCUUUGGCGGAGACAUUCUGCAAGGAUUGCGGUAUACUCGCGUUGGAUGAACCAACGACGAAUCUGGACGAAGAGAAUGCGAACAGCUUAGCGGACACGCUCACCAAAGUGGUGGAGAUGCGAGCGAAGCAUCAGAAGAAUUUCCAGCUCAUCAUAAUCAGCCACGAUGAGAAAUUCCUGCAAAAACUCGCCGAUCUGAACAAUCAUAAAAAAUUCCACGAACUUUAUCGCAAACAGAACGGAUUGACCGCCGUGAAAAUUUCCGACUUUAAUGAAUCCACGAAUUGCUUGGUGAACAUCAAGGACGAGGAUGAAUCCGACGAAGAGGAACAGCGUCGUCCUCCGUCGAGAGGUCCGGACAACAAUUUGGCCACGGCCAGUACAUCGCACAGAAAACGAUAUAACUUGAUGAUCGGAUCAUCGGAUGAUGAAGAAGAAAGGCCAACUAAGAAAAGAUAUUGCUUCAACGAGUGAUUGCUUCCUACUUUUUCUUCCUUUAUUUUUUUAUAUCUUAACGCCAUAUAUAUAUAUAUAUAUAUAUUCCAUUAUAUAGUAUAUACGUUAUAUGUUCUGUUUACCGGAUGGUUACCAGAGUGUAUGCACAUUGUGUUAAGUUAUUCUUACAGAGAGAAAUUGUUACAGAGAAGUUAUAUAAGAUACUUGUGAACAGAAUACCUCAAAUACGUUACAAAUAAAUAGAAAGUAUUUUGUAUAUCACCUCA